AUGAAGUCCAACAUUUUUCUUACCUUUGCUGCAGCCCUUAGCAACGCUUUGGGAGUGGCCGCGGCACCAUCCCGCGCGUCUACACGAGCUCGCUUGAGCAGCCUUGGUCAAUCUUCCGCUGCCGGACCUAACACUCUCACCAACACCCAUUGGUCUGGUGGUCUUUUGAAGACACGAGGCGUAACCAACGUCCAAGGAAGCUUUGUCAUUCCCAGUGUCUCUGGACAGGAUCCCAAUGACUCUGUGGCCGUGUGGGUUGGUAUUGACGGUGCUGGUGGUGGCAACUGUGGCAACACACUCAUGCAGGCCGGUAUUCUCAUCUUUGGUGACGGCAGCAUCCAGCCAUGGUACGAGUGGUGGCCUGAGGAGAGCAUCCAAUACUUCAACGAGAACUGGGAUGUCGCGGCCGGCGAUAACAUCUUCAUGCAGAUCACAGCAAACUCCACAACCAGCGGUGUUGCGACUCUCACAAACCAGAGAACUAACCAAUCUCUGACUCACUACUUUACGCCCCGCGAGUCCCCGGGAGCUCUUUGCGAGGUCUACGCCGACUGGAUCGUCGAGGCCAUCUCCUUUGGCAACAGCUUUGCAACUCUGCCCGACUUUGGCACCAUCACCUUUACAGACACUCUUGCCAACACGGCUUCAGGUACAGUUACAGCCGACAGCGGUGACAUUAUCAACAUGUCUGGCUACCAGAACAACAAUGUCAACUGCAGACAUGCUGGCAGCGGCUCUGUGUCCUGCACUCGUGUUUAG